AUGUCCGACAACAUCGCUAGGGAGAACGAAGAGAAGCUCAGCGGUCUGAUGCCACAUGAUACUGAUAGCAGUGGUCUGGAAAUAUCUGUUGAAGAUCGGGCAAUCGGAACGGUGUCAAGCAAGCUUUACUGGGACUACUUCAGAAGUGGCAUUCAUUCCUUGUUGAUCAUUGGAGUUGCGUUUCUGUGUAUUAUAACCCAAGCUUCGAUGGUUGCCCCUGACGUAUGGCUGUCGUUUUUGACCAGGAAACUUCCCUCAGAACAGAAAGACAAGACGAAUCUAACUAUCUACGGCUGUUUGGUCGCUGCCUCUUUCAUAUUGGGCAUUGUAAGGUCCUACAUUUUAUAUUUGGUUUGUCUAAGAUGCUCCGAGCGUCUUCAUGACAAAAUGGUUGUUGCUCUUUUACAAGCACCGGUUCUAUUCUUCGACUCAAAUCCCGUGGGUAGAAUCUUGAAUCGAUUCUCUAAAGAUGCGGGCUGCAUGGACGAACUAUUACCUCUAGAGAUUGUAUUUACAGUUCAGCUGGUGCUGCUGUUGCUCUCAUCUGUUAUCGUGCCUUCUGUUACGAAUCCUUGGAUUGUGUUUGUCACCAUUCCAGUGACGGCUAUGAUUCUUUACUUCACGAGAUUUUACUUAAAAAGUUCCAGGGAACUGAAAAGAUUGGAGUCGAUGUGCCGGAGUCCAGUGUUCUCUCACAUAUCAGAGACCCUUGAAGGACUGGACACGAUUCGAACAAGAGGCAGACAGAGGGACUUCAUCGAGAAGUUUGACAGCUUCCGCUGGACUUGCUCUUGCUUACGUCAUUCAAACAGUCGCUAUGACACAAUACGCUGUCAGGAAAUCAUCAGCUGUCGAGAAUUUGAUGACAUCAGUUGA